AUGGUAGGGUCUGGCAAAAUUAAUCAUCUGGUCAUUACGGCUCCGGCCGCUCGAUUCGAAGAAGUUGUCCAGUGGUACACCAAGACAUUGUCUCCCUUGGGAUACAUUGAGCUUCAUCGUAAUCCCGGGGAAGUUGGACUUGGUCCCGAUGGUCAUGCAGACUUCUGGAUCUCGGCGAAGGAGAGUUGGGCGAAGAGCCCCUUCCAUAUCGGUUUUACUGCUACCGAUCAUGCGACAGUUGAUGCAUUCCACAAAGCAGGCGUCGAUGCAGGUGGUGAAUGCAAUGGGCCUCCAGGCUUGCGACCACAAUAUCACCCAAACUACUACGGGGCAUUUCUGCUGGAUCCGCUUGGAAAUAAUAUUGAAGCGGUGGAUCAUGGUGUUGCAAGUGUAUAA